CAUUAUUUGUGACAUAUGGAUGUAACUUACUGUAUGUUUUGCUUUGUUGUUUUAAACCACAGAUGUAAACGAGAACAAGAAGAUUUUAAAUUGACUCACGAAUUUUUCAUUACGAAAUUCACUUCCGCUUUGUGCUACUGCGAUCCACGCUUCAAUUGUCGUCUUUUUAGUGCUGAAGUGGUGGACAAUUCCGUUGAUCCUCCAGCCAAGAAGCGGAAACUUGCUACAGGAGACUCCACUGCAGCGAAAUCCGUUUCACUGGCUACAUCAGACAUGGCGCAGAAUGGUUCAUCGCAUUCCAGCGAAGUAAUCGACGAGUCACUGUAUUCAAGGCAAAUAUAUGUGUUGGGUUAUGAGGCUAUGCGCCGUAUGGCAACAUCAGAUGUUCUUAUUUCUGGGCUAGGAGGACUGGGUGUAGAGGUGGCGAAAAAUGUGAUUUUAGGUGGUGUAAAGUCAGUGACGCUGCAUGACGAAGCCGUAUGCAAGGUUGCAGAUUUGACAUCCCAGUUCUACCUAACAGAAUCAGAUAUCGGGAAGAAUAGAGCAGAAGCAUGUUUGACACAGCUGUCGGAGCUAAAUAUGUAUGUUCCUACGAAAGCUUACAAUGGGCAACUUACAGAUGACUUCUUAAAACAAUUCAGGGUAGUUGUGUUGACAAAUAGCAGUCUGAAGGAGCAGUUGAGGAUUGCUGAAGUGACACAUGAAAAUGACAUUGCCCUCAUUAUUGCAGAUACAAGGGGUUUAUUUGCGCAGGUAUUUUGUGACUUUGGGAAGAAAUUUACUGUUGUUGACACCACAGGGGAAAACCCAGUUUCAGCAAUGAUAGCUAGUAUUUCACAGGAACCAGAGGGAGUGGUCACCUGUUUAGAUGAAACACGUCAUGGAUUAGAAGAUGGAGACUAUGUGACAUUCUCAGAAGUCCUUGGUAUGAGUGAAUUAAAUGGUUGUGCACCCAAGAAGAUUCGUGUCUUGGGUCCUUAUACAUUUAGCAUUGGUGACACCAGCACAUAUUCCGAAUACAAACGAGGUGGGAUUGUUACCCAGGUAAAGAUGCCAAAAUUUAUACAUUUUAAGCCUCUAAAGGAAUCCAUUAAGGAACCUGAAUUUGUCAUCACAGAUUUUGCAAAAUUUGAACGGCCUUCUCAAACUCACCUUGCAUACAUUACCUUGCACAAGUACAUUGAGCAACAUGGAGAAGCACCUAAACCUUGGAAUGAGGAAGAUGCAGGUGUAUUUGUGGCCCUAGCUAAAUCUACGAGCUUGGCUGGUGGAAAUGAUGAAGAACUUAACACAGAGUUGCUAGAAACAUUUUCCAAAAUAUCCUCUGGUGAUAUCCCCCCACUCAGUGCUGCUGUUGGAGGAAUUGUUGCACAAGAAAUUAUGAAGGCUUGCAGCGGUAAGUUUAACCCCAUUUACCAGUGGCUGUACUUUGACGCUUUGGAAUGUCUGCCCUCUGAUUUGUCUCAAAUCAAGGAAGAGGACUGCAAAGCAGCGGGGACGCGAUAUGAUGGUCAGGUAGCUGUUUUUGGAAGCACAUUCCAGCAGUGUCUGGGUGCACUAAAAUACUUUGUGGUUGGGGCUGGUGCCAUAGGCUGUGAACUUCUGAAGAAUUUUGCUAUGAUGGGAAUAGGCACUUCAGAAGGGGGUCAGGUAACAAUUACCGAUAUGGAUCUGAUUGAAAAAUCGAACCUGAACCGGCAGUUCCUCUUCCGCACUUCAGAUAUACAGUGCCCCAAAUCUCUAUGUGCAGCAAAAGCCGUACGACGUAUGAAUCCUGCAGUAAAUGUUGUGGCUCACGAGAAUCGUGUUGGUCCAGAGACUGAACGAGUUUAUGAUGAUGCUUUUUUUGAGUCUCUGGAUGGUGUAGCUAAUGCCCUUGAUAAUGUAGAUGGCCGAAUUUACAUGGAUCGGCGUUGUGUAUAUUAUCGCAAGCCUCUUCUUGAAUCUGGCACUUUGGGCACAAAAGGAAAUACACAGGUUGUUGUACCUUUCCUUACUGAAUCGUAUAGUUCAUCCCAAGAUCCACCAGAGAAAAGUAUCCCAAUUUGUACAUUGAAGAACUUUCCAAAUGCUAUUGAGCAUACACUACAGUGGGCAAGAGAUAGCUUUGAGGGCUUGUUUCGGCAAGCUGCCGAGAAUGCGGCGCAGUACUUGGCAGAUUCUGCAUUUGUGGAGCGUACUUUGAAGUUACCAGGCGUUCAGCCCUUGGAGGUUUUGGAGUCUGUGAAGCAUGCUCUUGUAGAUCAUCGUCCAAGAUCAUUUGAAGAUUGUGUUGCAUGGGCACGCUGUUAUUGGCAGGAACAAUAUAAUGACCAGAUUCGACAACUCCUGUUCAAUUUUCCUCCUGAUCAACUUACAUCAAGUGGUCAGCCUUUCUGGUCAGGACCAAAACGUUGCCCAACGCCACUUACAUUUUCAGUGGAUGAUCCUUUGCAUAUUGAUUAUAUUCUUGCUGCCGCUAAUCUAAAGGCCGAAGUGUAUGGGAUUACACAGAACCGAAACCGAGAAAUAAUAGCAAGUAUGGUAGAGAAUGUUGAUGUUCCUGAGUUCAUCCCUAAAUCAGGAGUGAAGAUUGCAGUCACAGAUUCCCAAAUGCAAGUGUCAAAUGGUGCUGGAAAUUUGGACCAUGAUCGAAUCAAUCAGCUGCAAAAGGAACUUCCUUCCAGAGAUGAACUGAAAGGACUGAUAAUAACGCCCUUGGUGUUUGAAAAAGAUAAUGACACCAACCUGCAUAUGGACUUCAUUGUUGCUUCUUCCAAUCUCCGUGCUGCUAACUACAAUAUUCCAUCAGCAGAUCGUCAUAAGAGCAAGCUUAUUGCAGGCAAAAUAAUUCCUGCCAUUGCCACCACAACUUCAGUAAUUGCAGGUUUAGCGUGUCUUGAAUUGUACAAACUUGCACAAGGUUUCAAGACAUUGGAGCGUUUCAAGAACGGCUUUGUGAACCUGGCUCUUCCCUUCUUUGGCUUUUCUGAACCCAUUGCUGCCCCAAAGAUGAAGUAUUAUGAAGAGGAAUGGACUCUUUGGGAUCGCUUUGAAGUGGAGGGAGAGCUAACCCUACGAGAGUUCCUGGAUUACUUCAAAGAGAAAUAUAAUUUGGAGAUCACGAUGUUGUCACAAGGGGUGUGCAUGCUCUAUUCCUUCUUCAUGGCCAAACCGAAGUGUGUGGAGCGCAUGAAUCUCCCCAUGUCUGAAGUAGUGAAGAAGGUUUCCAAGAAGAGGUUGGAACCCCAUGUCAGGGCACUUGUGUUUGAAUUGUGCUGUAAUGACAGUGAUGGCAAUGAUGUGGAAGUUCCUUAUGUUCGUUAUACCCUGCCAGAUAAUUAAUACAAAGAUUGGUCACACAGUGGUGACUAUCUUACUUUGUCACUUGCAUGUGAUCACUCAUAAACUUGGAACAUACCAUAUUCAGUGGUUUCGUGUUUCUUGCAGAAAAAAAAUUUGAACUUGGUUUCUUCCAUAGUGUCUUAUGUGUACCAUUCUUUAUGUUCUGUGAAUUUUUCCUGGGAAGGACUGGGAUUGUGUUGCUGUGUUUGAAUUAUCUUUUAUAUUAGAAUUAAAUCUCUUGACCAUUUUGAUGUUUAAAAACCUUAACAAGGAGCCUGACAGUAGAAAAUUAGAAUUAAUGUAUACUAGCUCCAGUAUCUCAUUCCUGCACAAGUAAUUUCUACUUGUGUGGUAGAUGUUCGUCAAGUUUAACCAGUACAUCUUAAAUUUUUAUAACUUCUUCAUGCAAGGUUGAAAAUAGUUUGAACUCAGAAUAAUUCUUAAGUCAUAGUAUGUAUUUGUUAAUAGUAACAUGAGAAGUGGUAGAGAUGUUUGUAUGGUAGGAAUAAUUUAUACUCACAUUCUUUGUUGCUUUUGCAUUGGAAAUGUAGAAUAACUUCAUUAUAUUGUAAACAUGUAAGAUCUCCCACUUUCUGUAAUUUAAAAGUUCUAGAAUACUGUUAGAAAUCACUGAAUUGUUUUAAUAGCAUUGUAACUGCUUCAGUACCAGGAUAACUUUUGUAAGUGGGAUGAAAGUAGCAGAUAUUGUUCUUCUGUAUAGUAAAUUGAAUAAAGUGUGAAAUUAAAUUUCAUAAUGGUUUAGUAUACAUUCAUUCCAUGGACAGUCGCCUUAUCUUAUGAAGCAUGUUGGCACUUAAUGCGUUGAUACAUAGUUUACUCAACGAUUUAUGCUGAGUGCAAUUUUUUUUCUAUAUAAGUAAUAUUCAUUGUUACACUCUACAUUUAUAUACAUAAUUUCAAGAUUACGUGGUGGAGUGAUUGUUAUAUAAUUCUGCAGGUAGUGUCAUUGCAGACAUGCACAGUUGCCAUCUAGAUGUGAUACACAUGUGAAGUAUGCGCACAUGUCAAUGUUACAAAAUUGAUAGUAAGUUGUAUGUCUUUAAUGAAUUUGUUAGAGAAUGUUCAUGUACAAUUUUCAUCUUUUAAGUCUCAGUCUGUAUAAGAGUGUGUAUAGCCAAUAUCCCUUAUUGUUCUUGAACCUGCGUGAUUUAUAUUUGCAUGAAUGAAAUUGGAUUGCUGUUUACAAAGUAUGGAAGUUGAUUCACAAAAAAAAUGUGAGGUGCCAUAACAUUCUGGCAGGUCAUGUUAAUAAACAGUAAUUACAUUUAUACAAGUAUAAAAAUGCUGCGAUUUUGAAGAUUGUGUUCAAGCUUUUUUAAUCAAGUGAUUAAUAUCUUUGUUAAUUAACAUAUAUACAAUUGCACGCAGCUGGUAUUCCAUUGUUUAUUCACACAGUUCUGUAUUAAAAGUAAAGUAAAAGGCCAUA